CUUUCAAGCGAUCUACACGCCUCACAGUCCGAACAGUGCAGCAGCUUCGUAAAGAUGUUUCGUAGAGUUACAGCUCUGUGUGUGAUCGUAACGUUUGUGGUGAUCUUUGAGCAAAUAUCUUGCCACCAGCAUGGUUGGCACCAUCAUAGACGCCAUCAUGGCCACCAUCGUCACCAUCAUGGACCACAUCACCAUCGUGGAAUGUUUCUAAAUGUGGAAAUUUAUGAACCAAAAGGUAUGCAGCUCUCUGUAGCGAAAUUUAAUAGUACGGCAGAAUACUUUGGGUUCGACAUGUUCAUCAACAAUCCGGACGGUGGCAGCCCGGAUGUUUCCCAAAACACGUCGACAGUGACGUAUGGGAAGUAUAUCGUGCGUGAUACGGAAGUCAUCAUAAAAUCGGGAGAUGUGCUUAACAUUACGCACUAUAUGGGAUUUUCCGAUGGAGGUGUUUUGCAAUCAACUAUCACCUUUCCAGUGUUCCGACAUAUGAUACGUAACAACUGUACCUGUGAGAAUACAACCGUCCAAGAAACCACGUCGCGUACGCCUAUUCAAUCAAUACCUCCCUGGUCAAGACCUACAACCAUUCCACCGCGAAUUACACUCCGACCAACACCACCAAUAGAGCGUACAACCGUUCCGACCACAAUCUCACCCAACUUGAACAUUGGACAGUCCAUCAACGAUUACUCCGAUGAGCUGUUCGACUGUGAAAUCGAUCCCACCACUAAUCUCUGCUCCGAAAGUUCCCUAAUCGAUGCCCGGUUCGGUCAAGCAUCGCGCCGGCAACCGGAAAAACUCGUCAACAACCCAGACACGGACGUGAAUAUGAACGUCUUUUUGGAGAUUUUCAAUGCGCUAUCAGACCAGUGUACAACUAAAACGCGCACCAACUUUCUCACACUGGCCAGUCCAGGAUACACGACCAAUGCAUCCACGGAUUGGAUCGGGUACGUACGCAGAAUGUUGAAGGAAAGGCUCAACCUUAACAGGCUGGCGGACAAGGGCUUGGUAGAUGCUCAACCGAGCGGUACCGCGAUCGUGUUCGAGAUGGAUACACUGUUCAACAAGAUGCAGGUGCUUUACUACGCACGUAAAUUUGGCAUAACGUCCGUGAAGGACUACGAUGAUAUGUAAGCAGGAAAGUAAAUGGGAAAAGCGUGAGGCAAAUACAUUUUUUGUAAAGAAACAAUUCAUUUAUUAGAAAUAUAUUUUUAUGGAUUUUUUGCUUAUUUG